GGCGAGCACGUGUGUUGCUCGAGAGAUACAUGGAAUGAAGCCACUCACUUGACCGUUCACGUGGCAGACAUUUAUAUGAAGUAGGAUUGUAGGAAGCAUCCCGCUUCGAUGACGCUCUCGGAAGUCGGAACUGGGACCCUUCCAAAAAAUCACAAGUAAAGCAACACAAAAGGAACCUUUUUCACAAAUAUGCUUCAACCUCUUCCGCUUCUAUGCGAUUCCAGCGUUAUGAAGUUUUCUAUAUGUGCCUCUACUCUUCCGCUUCAUACUCGUUCGACUUCUGCUGCUGGAGCUUCUUCUCUGCUCGAUAUGGGAUUCAUGUUGAGUAAACAAACUACAGACAGCAGUGGACAUGGAGUUUUCAGUAAGACAAGGGGCCGUACCAAGCAGUUGGCAGCCAAUGUCCAUACUCGAGGUGCUAAAGAACGUGUACUGGAGGAAGAAGCCCCUCAAAUUUCAGAAUCCAGGCCAUCACUAAAACUUUUUCCAGGUCAAGCAUUCCCUCUUGGCGUAUCAGAAGUUGAUAACGGGAUCAAUUUUGCUAUUUUCUCUCAGCAUGCAACUGCAGUCACACUUUGCUUAUCACUUCCUGAAAGGUUUUUUUCUGGUUUAUUUAUUGAUGGGAAGAUUACCCGGCUGGAUGAUGGAAUGAUUGAGCUUAGCUUGGAUCCUCGUGUGAAUAAAACAGGAGAUAUUUGGCACAUUUGUAUUGAGAAUUUGCCUCAGAGCAAUGUUCUGUAUGGUUAUCGAAUGGAUGGUCCUCGUGCUUGGCAUCAAGGGCACAGAUUUGACAGCAGUGUCGUGCUUAUAGAUCCUUAUGCAAAGCUAGUUGAUGGCCGCCGAUAUUUUGGUGAUGCAAGACAUAAGCUGUCAAAAUUUCUUGGAACCUAUGAUUUUGAUAGCUUGCCUUUUGACUGGGGAGACAAUUACAAGCCUCCAAACAUAGCAGAGAAAGAUCUUGUUGUAUAUGAAAUGAAUGUUCGUGCAUUUACAAUUGAUGAAUCUAGUGGGCUGGUUCCAGAUAUACGUGGCAGCUACCUUGGUGUGAUUGAGAAGAUCCCACAUCUUCUAGAGCUUGGUAUCAAUGCAGUGGAGUUGCUGCCUGUCUUUGAAUUUGAUGAGUUUGAGUUUCAGAGGCGCCCAAACCCUAGAGAUCAUAUGAUAAAUACUUGGGGUUACUCCACGAUAAAUUUCUUUGCUCCUAUGAGUCGGUAUGCUAGUGAUGGUGGAGGACCCUGUAAGGCUUCCUUGGAGUUCAAAAAGAUGGUUAAAGCCUUGCAUGGUGCAGGUAUAGAGGUUAUUUUGGAUGUUGUAUAUAAUCAUACAAAUGAGGCUGAUGAUGACAACCCUUAUAUAACUUCAUUCCGAGGCAUAGAUAAUAAGGUUUAUUACAUGGUGGAUCUGAACAAUAAUGCACAGUUGCUGAACUUCGCUGGCUGUGGGAAUACAUUUAAUUGUAAUCAUCCUGUGGUUAUGGAGCUCAUCCUUGACAGCUUAAGGCACUGGGUUAUUGAAUAUCACGUGGAUGGUUUCCGAUUUGACCUUGCCAGUGUACUAUGUCGAGGAACUGAUGGUUCUCCACUUAAUGCUCCACCACUUAUUAGGGAAAUUGCUAAAGAUGCUGUACUGUCGAGAUGUAAAAUUAUUGCAGAGCCUUGGGAUUGUGGAGGCCUUUAUCUUGUUGGAAGAUUUCCCAAUUGGGACCGGUGGGCUGAGUGGAAUGGGAAGUAUCGUGAUGACAUAAGAAGAUUUAUAAAGGGUGAUACUGGUAUGAAAGGGGAUUUUGCUACUUGUGUUGCUGGAUCUGCUGAUCUCUAUAAAGUUAAUAAACGCAAACCUUAUCAUAGUGUAAAUUUUGUCAUUGCACACGAUGGAUUCACACUCUGUGAUCUUGUGUCAUACAACUAUAAGCACAAUGAUGCUAAUGGAGAAGGUGGAAAUGAUGGAUGCAAUGAUAAUUUUAGUUGGAAUUGUGGAUUUGAAGGACAAACUGGUAAUCCAGAUGUUAAAGCCUUAAGGUCUCGGCAGAUGAAGAACUUCCAUUUGGCACUAAUGAUAUCUCAGGGAGUACCGAUGAUGCUGAUGGGAGAUGAAUAUGGGCAUACACGCAAUGGAAAUAACAAUAGUUAUGGACAUGAUACCGCUAUUAACCAUUUCCAGUGGGCACUUUUGACCGCACAGAAGAGUAGUCACUUCAGGUUUUUUUCGGAGGUGAUAAAAUAUCGGCGAACACAUCAAGUAUUUAGUCAUGAAAAUUUUCUUGAAAAAAAAGAUGUUACAUGGCAUGAGAAACACUGGCACAAUUAUGAAAGCAAAUUCCUCGCAUUUACGCUUCAUGAAAAGAGUGGAAGUGACAUAUAUUUGGCAUUCAAUGCUCAUGACUACUUUGUGAAAGUUCCAAUACCGCCACCUCCAUCAAAGAGGGGUUGGUCUCGAGUGGUGGACACCAAUCUUGAAGCUCCACAUGACAUUGUGGCUGAAGGCGUCCCAGGCAUUGGAAGCACCUACAAGAUGGCUCCAUACUCUUCCCUUCUGCUCGAAGCUAAAUAAUGACCUGACCUCUCACAUCAAAAGCUGCUAGAAAAUGAGUAUUAUGGAUGAAUUACCUGCGAUGGGAAUCUUAUAACUGGACUAGGAAGCAUAUUCGGGCUUCACGCUUCCAGACAAGAAUAAAACUGAAGUGGGGGAUUCAUGCUGAAUAUCAGAAGAAUCUUUUAAGUGUAAGCUUAUAUGCCAAGUCUGGAGCGGCAAACGGAAAAUGGGAGUCCCCACUUAUGGCUUAUAGUAUACGAAUUUAAAUAUGCCAAACCAGUAAUAAUUUACUAAACAGCAUAGAAAUGCCAUAUAGUCUGACCAAAUAAGGGGUUGAAGAGCUUAGAGCCAUUUCACCAAAAACCUGUCGUGCAGAUGCAAUACCUUUAUUUACCUUCUCAGUCAUUGUAGUAGUUGCUCAUGCUCUUUAUUACUACAUUGCUAGCAGAGUCUCAGUUGCAUGCCCGUAUGUAUAUUAUGCUGGUAAAUGAACAAUUCAUGAACUUGGUCCCUUCUGAGAGAACUUAUUCCU